UGCAAGACACAGUAUCCUUUGUUCUGAAUUGAAACAAUUAUACGUGGCAAUUACGCGGACAAGGCAGAGACUGUGGAUUUGUGAAGAUAGUGAGGAGUUUGCUGCACCCAUGUUUGACUUCUGGAAGAAGUUGGGCCUUGUGCAAGUAAAGGAGGUGGAUGAAUCAUUUUCACAAACGAUGCUAAUGGCGAGCAGUCCUGCAGAGUGGAAAUCAAGGGGUAUAAAGCUUUACCGGGAGAACAAGUAUCAGAUGGCAACCAUGUGCUUUGAAAGGGCAGGAGAUACAAAUUGGGAGAAACGGGCCAAGGCUGCUGGCCUGAGGGCAACCGCUGAUCACCUGCGUGAGUCAAAUCCUCAAGAGGCUUGUACAAUCCUCAGACAGGCUGCUGAGUUGUUUGACUUCAUUGGCAGAGCUGAGUCUGCUGCUGAAUGCUUCUGUGAUUUGGGGGAUUACGAAAGAGCAGGAAGAAUUUACUUUGAUAAAUGUAGAGAUCCUAAAAAAGCAGGUGAUUGUUUCACUUCGGCUAAAAGUUAUAAACUUGCAGCGAAGGCUUAUGCUGAUGGCAAUUACUUGUUGGAGUGUUUGUCCGCAUGUACUCAGGGUAAUCUUUUUGAAUUGGGAAGGCAAUAUAUUAAGAAAUGGAAACAGGCUGCUCCUGGUGAUGAUGGUACCGCAAAACAAAGUAAGGAAAUCGAAAAAGUCGGACAAGAGUUUUUGGAGAGUUGCGCUUUGAGCUAUUAUAAGCUCAAGGAUCAUAAAUCCAUGAUAAAAUACGUUAGAGCUUUCCUUACUAUGGAUUCAAGGCGGAAAUUCCUGAAAAGCAUAGGCUGUCUUGAUGAGCUUUUGCUGUUGGAAGAAGAACUUGGAAACUUCAAGGAGGCUGUAGAAAUAGCAAAGUUGAGAGGGGAUUACGAAAGAGCAGGAAGAAUUUACUUUGAUAAAUGUGGAGAUCCUAAACAAGCGGGUGAUUGUUUCACUUCGGCUAGAAGUUAUGAACUUGCAGCAAAGGCUUAUGCUGAUGGCAAUUACUUGUUGGAGUGUUUGUCUGUGUGCACUCAGGGGAGUCUUUUUGAAUUGGGAAGGCAAUACAUUACGAAAUGGAAACAGAAUGCUCCUGGCGAAAAGGAAAUCAAAAAAAUUGAACAAGAGUUCUUGGAGAGUUGCGCUUUGAGUUAUUAUAAGCUCAAGGAUUUUAAAUCCAUGAUAAAAUAUGUUAGAGCUUUCCUUUCUAUGGAUUCCAGACGUAACUUCCUGAAAAGCAUAGGCUGUAUUGAUGAACUUUUGUUGUUGGAAGAAGAACUCGGAAACUUCGCGGAAGCUAUAGAAAUAGCAAAGUUGAGAGGGGAUCUGCCACGGGAGGCAGACCUGCUUGGGAAGGCAGGCCAUCUCAAGGAAGCAUCCUUACUCAUCAUUUCAUUUGUGCUUCAUCGCUCUCUAUGGGUGACUGGAAAUAGAGGUUGGCCCUUGAGGCCAUUUCGACAGAAACAAAUGCUAUUAAAGAAAGCUAUGUCAUUUGCACAGGAAGAAUCGAAUGAGUUCUAUGAACGCAUUCGCAGAGAGGUUGAAGUUUUGUCACAUGAGCAUAUUAGCUUGCAUGAGUUGCUUCAGUCUCUCACUUAUUCAGAGCUAUGUAAAAAUCUGACAGUUGAAUUGAUAUCUAUCCGGAGGAUCCUGGAUGCUCAUCUUGAUUGUACAGCACGGAAGUUUGAAUGGGAAGAUGAAUUGCAAGUUGAUAUGAAAAAGCAUUCAGAAGAUAAGAUUUCACUUAACCACAUCUCCGUUGGUUCACUCAUGUAUUUUUGGGAUAUGUGGAGAAGGAACAUGUUAAAUAUCAUGCAAUAUCUCAAAACAGUGGAAAAACCAGAUGAUAAUGAAUGGCUUGAAUAUGGUGAGUUCUGUUUGAACUAUUUUGGUGUGAGGAGGCAGGUCAUCAAUUCAAAUGUAGCAUAUAUACUGUUGAACUCAGAUGCUGAAUGGGUGAAAACAACUGGUUCUGUAUUCAAGCAGAAGCAGCAAAGCGAGAACCAGGUAUCCAUUGAUGGUCGAAAAUUUGCAUCUGCUGCUCUGAGUCAUUGCCAGGCUGAAGUAGCUUCCGUCGGCCUGAAGGUACUUGACACUGUUGAAGCUCUUUAUAAGUUGUCAAUAAGGGAGUCAUUCUCCCUUUUUUGCCAAUGCAUUUGCCUCAUUGAUAUCUAUCAAUUGAUGAAAUUUUUGACUGAAUCAUUCAAAUUCAAUGAUAGUGUUGAAAGGAGGCUAGAAAAUUUCCUGCGGCCACCAAUUACGUACUUUAAAUAUGUAUUUCCACUAGACUGUUGCAAAUCAUUGGUGGAAAACAUGAUCUCUUUAAGGAAAACUGAGCUCUCACGGAGUCUACUUGAAGAGGUUAUUGUUGAAAAUAUCAGUAACAAAGGUGACCUUACCUACGGUCAAAUUGGGAGGGUGGUAAUGAUUUGGCUUGGAUCUGGAAAACCAACAGAUGAUCUGUACAUGAAGAUAACAAAAAGAUUUGAAAAGAAUUUUUCCUGGAGAGCAUUCAUUGAUUCUUUGCAAGUAUCUUCAUUGAGGCAUUCUGGGAUAACAGAAUCAAGAUCCUUGGGUGAUCCUUCGUCAAAUACUUCAGGUGAAGAUUGGAAGAAGUUUUCACUGAUUGAUAGCUUCCACGAAGCUUUGAGAGAUACUUAUCUUGCAAAUUGGAGGUCAUAUGACUAUGUAUCACCUGAUUGUUUAAUAUAUCUUGUUGAACGCCUGCUACUCCUUGUAUUUCAUUCCAAGGAUUACUUUUUCACAACAAAGUAUUCUUUUGUGGAAUGGCUUGUUUAUCUUAAAGCAGACAUGUAUCCAGAUGCGAGUUCAGUAGCUGACACGCAGUUGUCUCCUGAAAUCAUAUUUGAUUCUGUUGUUAUGAUGGUUGAACAGUUUCUUUUUAAUAAGCGGGAGACAGCAUCAUGGAUUGCAAAAUCAAAAUUUGAUGUAAAUCAGUAUCAUCCACUACUAGCAUUAAGGCUUGUGGUUAUCUUGUGCUUGCUCCACUUGAACUCAGGCAAGUAUUCUAAUGUUCUUUCUCAUCUGCUUGAUCAGUCUCAUAUUAGUUCGCAGCUGCCAAUGCCAUUCAUUCAGGCACUUAGGCCAAGAAGAAAGCUUAAUUUGACUCAGGAUUGGUUUAGUUUAAAUGGAACUGUAGAAGCAUUCAGAAGGAUUGGAAAUCCUCUUGUGAUUGUGCAUUUGAGAGAAAAUAGUCCAAAAUUUGCGUGUCCUGCAAUCAUCAUUGACACAGCUUUGACACCAAGAAUUGAUGACAUCACGAGAAACUUGUUCCGAAAGCAAGGAAGUUACCAUCAGCAAAGGCCUAUGGUUGAAGCAAAUGCUCCGAAUUUGUGUGAAGGACUUGUUCAUAAUGCUGAGUCUCUCAUGUCAAUUGACAUUUCUGCGGCACCAGAUCAGAAAAUGAGCACAGACAGUGGAACUGAAAGCAACCCACAGAUGUACUCAGGCCUUUCUGAAAAAAUCUUUGAUGUGCAAAUAUCAACAGAGAAAAGACAACAUGAAGAGUGAUCAAGCUGUUCUCCUAAUGUUUCUCAGUUUAAGGAGGAAUUGGAAGAAAGUACAAGCUUUUUAACUGCUGGACUGAAUGUAAAGAAAUUUCUUCCUUGUGGUAGUGUAAACCAAUUCGGUGAAGCAAGCAGCAUGCUUGACGAAAUCAAGCAAUUUGAUGCUAGUGAUAUUAUACAGACUGGAAACUUGCAAGAAAUUGGAUCACUUCUGAAGAGCUUGCAGUCAAAGAGGCCUAGGCUGGAGGCUUUUCUAAAUCACUAGUGAUACCAUACAUGCGUUGCACGUGGUUGGAUGAUAUGUAGUUAUAUCAUUUUGUUCUGUUUUUAUAAUGAGUUUACCUUUGUAAUGUAGAGUUGGGAAUAGAAGCAAGGGUGGGAAUUGCAUGUUACAAAAUAUUGUAAAGUAAGCAAUGCAAAACAAUCUUAUUGAAUGUAAGAUGAAGAAAAAGAGAAGAUAUUAAAUGUGAAAUAGUAAUCAUUAGUGUUUUAA